UAUUUGUUGACAGAAAUUGAGUUGUAAUUACCGGCGACGGUGGUCAGUCUAACGAAUUCCGAAACCUUUCGUAUUUCUUAGUAUGUGCAAUGCUUAGAAAUAUUAAUUUAUUCAGACGGAGAUGUCCUCUGUGUCAAGUGCAACAUCUCGAAUGCAGUUCUAAUAGAAAUGGGGAUUCUUUACCAGAUGCAACAACAACCAAGUCUAAAGAUUCAAACACGUCAGGAGGCCAAGAUCAUGAAAAAGUCUGUCCUGAGUCUCCUAAGACUGAGAAGAAAAUUGCAACUAAAAAUGAAGUACAGGCAAAGCUAGCUAAUCUUCUAUCAAAUUUUACUGUUGAAUUACAACCAGCUGCUAGAUCUUCUAGCAAUUUGAAGUUGGCAAGUGAUGAGUUGCGUCAGCUACGAGUUCGAGCCCCUCUCACCAAACCUCAACAGAAACUCAAAGAGGAAUUUGAAGCUGUUGGACCCAAGAUGGCUGAAGCCAUACGGUCAGUGGCAGAAAAGGUUGGAGGGGAGGAGACAGAGUCGGAGCUGCUAGACAGCUUGAAGCGUGUCACGGCUAAGCCUUCCCCACCCUCUCCAGAGGCUGUCCUUGGUCUGAGAUCGGUCCUCUCAGGCUUGUCUGUCGAGAAGAGAGUUAGUCGUCACACCAGAACCAAGAGGUUUAACGAGUCACUCGCCACAACGGAUCUGCACAGCGCAGAACCUCUGAAAAUUUUUUCUCCUGCGGACAUGUCACAAGAGCCUGAGACUGCGGCGCCGCUGCUGCCCACGUGGGAGGCGCAGGUGGCGAGGGAACUCAAGCUCUGCAUUGCCAGGCCUCCUGACUCCCACUUUCAGGAGCUCAUGCAGUGGACGGAACAGGGCAAGAUAUGGCAAUUCCCAGUCAACAAUGAGUUCGGCAUGGAGGCAGAAGAAGGCAGAACUGGGUUCCAGGAUCACAUAUUCCUGGAGCGCCACCUGUCCCCAUGGUGCCCCAAGAAGGGUCCUAUUGCGCAUUUCAUGGAGCUCGUGUGCGUAGGGCUCAGCAUGAACCCAUACGUCUCGGCCCAACGCAAGAAGGAAACCAUUCUAUGGUACAGGGAUUACUUUGCUUCCAAGGAGAAACUGCUUACGGAAAUUGGCGCGAUCCCUGCCGACCAUUCAAUGAGUAAAGAAGCAAAUGCUUGAAGUUUGAAGAGAUUCUCGUCAAUCUAUCAUUCUCGUAACCCAGUUUCGAGUUGUAAUAUUUCAUGUAUAAGCUGUGCAUUACA